AUGGAAAAGCGCUCCCUCCAUGCAGAUGAAAACCCAAUCCUCGACAUCCCUGAUGGGUUCUUCCAGGACAUCGCGGUCAUACAACACAUUCACUGUUCGUCUUGCAAACUGGGACCGACGCUGAAAAGCGGGACAUUUCAGUUCUCUCCCUAUUACAUGAACUUGGAUUUGUCAUCCAACAACAUAUCCCGAGUGGAACCAGGAGCAAUCGUCAUU